CCGCAGGCCGACAAAGACGGGAAGACGAGCGAUUACAUCAACGCAAACUACGUGGAUGGUUUUAAGAAGCCGCGGGCGUACAUCGCCGCUCAGGGCCCUCUGAGGUCGAGCACCGAGGACUUCUGGAGGAUGAUUUGGGAGCAAAACGUGUGCGUCAUCGUGAUGAUCACCAACCUGGUGGAGAAAGGAAGAAGGAAGUGUGAUCAGUACUGGCCGCUGGAGGUGCAGGAGGAGUACGGCAGCUUCCUGGUGACGGUGAAGAGCAGCAGAGAGCUCGCCUACUACACCCAGAGGACCCUCACCGUCAGGAACACGCUCGCCAAAAAGGUCAGACUGACGGCCAAUAAAAAAAUAACACAAAUCACUUACAUGCCCAGAUAUUUUUAU